GCUGAAAUGAACAGUAUGACAGGAACAGAAGUGUUUCAAAGUCCUCCUAACAAAACAUGUAAGCCUUAUCAAUUAAUAUACAAAAAUUACCAGCAAUUCCCGGCUCUGGCAUUCACCUUAAAUGAGAUUAAUCGGGAUCCUAAUCUUUUGCCCAACAUAUCCUUGGGAUUCCACCUCUACAACACCUACUCCAAUGAUGAAAGGACCUUGGAGAGUUCCCUGCGAUGGCUGUCUGGACUGGACCGGCUCAUCCCUAAUUAUAAUUGCAAAGAGCAGACCAAGUCUGUGGCUGUCCUUGGAGGAGCCACAUCAGCUCUCUCAAUCCAGAUGGGAACCCUGUUUGAUCUCUACCAUUUUCCACAGAUCAGCUAUGGUCCAUUUGAUCCUGUUUUUACUGACAAAGCUCAAUUUCCUUCCCUCUAUCAGAUGGCCCCCAAAGAGUCUUCUCUUCACCGAGGUAUUGUCCACUUAUUGGUACAUUUUGAAUGGAAUUGGAUAGGGUUGAUUGUCUUUGAUGAUAUGAAAGGUGAUGGAUUCCUCGAGGAAAUGAAAGAGGAAAUGAUAAAGAACAAAGUUUGUAUGUCCUUUACAGAGAAAAUCCCUACUAGUGACAGAAAUCAUAGGAAGCCUUCUGAGACCUUCAUGCCAAGGAUCUUAAUAUCAGAAGUCAAAGUGAUUGUUAUCCAUACUGACACAGAUUCAUUAAUAAUUUUGGGAAUCUCACCAACCCCCAAUAUCCCAACGAAGAAGGUCUGGAUUGCCACAUCUCAUUCGAACAUUAAUACAAAACCUUUCUAUCAUUAUGGUUAUAUUUUCCAUGCAACUCUCUUCUUUUCACACUUGACAAAUGAAGUUCCUGAAUUUAAGACUCUUCUACAGGCAGCCAUACCUUCUCAAUAUACAGAUGGCAUUUUUCUUAAGGCAAUUCAUCCAUCAGCUUCUAAAUGCUUAGUUCAACCAGCAAAUCCAGAGCAAGCAUAUUCACCAAAUGCUUCCUUGAAGACUUUGUCUUUGUACUCUUUUGAAAUGACCAUGUCUACCUUGAGUUACAAUAUCUAUAACUCUAUUUAUGCUGUGGCUUGGGCUUUACAUGAAAUGCUGAUGAGGAAAUCUGAGAAAAAAUCAAUAGAAGAUGAAGAAUAUUUAUUAACUCAUUCAUGGCAGCUGCACUCCUACCUGAAGAACACCCAGUUUAAGAACAGAGCUGGUGACCAGGUGUUUGUGGAUGAGAAUAGACGCCCUGAAGCUCAGUAUGCCAUUAUGAACUAUGUGUUCUUUCCUAAUAAAACUGAUCUUCUUCUGCAUGUGGGGGACUUUAUUCCAGAGGCUCCACUUAAUCAAGAUUUUACAAUUUGUGCAGAUGCCAUAGUGUGGGACAAGUGGGGUUCAGAGGUUCCCUCUGGAGUAUGCAGUGACAGUUGUCAGGCUGGAUUCAGGAAAUCCCCUUUGGAGGGGAAGGCUGCCUGCUGUUUCAACUGUUCCCCAUGCUCAGAAGGGGAGAUCUCCAAUCAGAUGGAUGCAGAGCAGUGUAUGAAAUGCCCAGAGGAUAAAUAUCCCAAUGAGCAGAGAGAUCACUGCCUUCCCAAGCUUGUGACCUUCCUGGAUGUGAAAGAAGCAUGGGGGAUGGCAUUGACCUUUUUAGCUAUUUUGUUUUCAUUACUGACAGCUCUGAUUCUGUGCAUCUUUGUGAAAUUCCAGGACACACCCAUAGUCAAGGCCAAUAACCGGAAUCUCAGCUACACUCUCCUCACCUCCCUUAUCUUCUGCUUCCUCUGUUCCUUGCUCUUCAUAGGCCGUCCUACCACUGCUACCUGUCUUCUUCAACAAACAGUAUUUGCAGUUGUGUUCACAGUGGCUGUUUCUUCCAUUUUGGCCAAAACCAUCAUAGUGGUUCUGGCUUUCAGGAUUAUAAGGCCAAGGAGCAGGAUCCGGAUGUUCCUUCAUCCUAGAAUGUCUUACUAUGUUGUUCUCAUCUGCUCCGGAAUUCAAGGGCUUUUCUGUGCCAUCUGGUUGGGGACCUAUCCCCCCUUUCCAGAAGCAGACACACGCUCUGAAUCUGGCCAUAUCAUCCUCAGAUGUAACGAGGGCUCUGCCUUUGCAUUGUAUGGUGUUCUAGGCUACAUGGGCUUUCUGGCCCUGGGAAGCUUCACUAUAGCCUUCUUGGCCAGGAACCUGCCUGAUGCCUUCAAUGAAGCCAAGUUCAUCACUUUCAGCAUGCUGGUGUUUUGCAGCGUCUGGAUCUCUUUUCUCCCCACUUAUCAGAGCACUAAAGGGAAGGCAAUGGUGCUUGUGGAGAUCUUCUCCAUUUUGACCUCCAGUGCUGGGUUAUUGGGCUGCAUUUUUAUUCCCAAAUGCUAUGUGAUCCUCCUGAUGUCAGAUGAAAAUACUUCCAAACACAUCAAGAAUCACAGGUGUAUCUAA